UUACUUCAGUGCAGCUCACAGUUUUUAACACAAACAUUUGAAAUAUCAAGACUGUCGUGAUGGCCACGCUGAGGACUGCCGAUGCCUUCAGGAGCUGACGUCACGGUUGCCUAGAGACAGACAACAAACACCUUUUUAAAACGUCCACCUGAUACUCGUAGCAUUCUCAGAACCAAAAACUCUUCCAGAUGCGAGUAGGACCAGUUCGUCCCUGACUGACCAGGAUCCGUGAGGAUGAAUGAAGCUAAAUGUGAAAAUGAAAAUGUGUGUGAGUUUGAAAUCGACAGGCUGGAUCAGGACAGCAGCGCUUCAGACACACAGCUCAGCUUCUGCCGCUGUCAUCUGCACAGGCCAGAAAAAUAAAGAAAUUUGAAAAGAGUUGCGUUUCUGUAUUUCAUAUUCAGACGACUUUAUACCACAACUGGUUAUAAAAAAGAUAAUUUUGUGUUAAUUCUAGAGAUUUGAUCCAAAAAUAUUUGAAUUUUGCAUAUAAGUUUGUCGGAUAAAUUGACAGUAGACUUAAUCAACUAAAAUUUUACAAUUAGUCCACCAAAACUAGACCAAGACUAAAACAAUUUGGACUAAAUAAUGACUCAGACAAAAUGACAUUUUAGUCAAAAGACUAAAACUAAACAUUUUCUGUCCAUAUUGACCUUGAUCUAAAGAUUGGAUAACCUAUAAAAACAGGAUCUUUUCAGACGGAUGGAUUCAGCUUUCACUUGGAAAAUAAGAAUUUGGUCUAAAUGAUUUUAGUAUGACAGGAAAAUAUUUUAUUCAUGAAGUCGUUUAAAAAUGAUUUAAUUUUAUUUGAAAGUGGAUUAAAACUGAAUUGACCAAAGCUUGUAUUACUGGAUUAUGUGAAUGGGUUUGUAAUUUCGUAUUAUAUUUGUAUCCAUCUAUAGAUAUUCUUUGAAAAAGGUGGAAAUGUGAGUUUGAUUUUGUUGUUUCUGAUCCUUUUCUGCUUUGGACUUUUCAAUGAAGAAAAACACAAUUUAAAAACUAGCUUAUUGUAAAGAUAAGCUAGCUAUCAUAAUCAUCAUCAUCAUCAUCAUCAAGUGGUAAUAUUACCCCUACUACUAACAAUAAUAAUUUAUAUUAAAGUGUAAUUUCUUUGUUUGUAGCAUAAAGUGGAACUCUAAUUCGAUGUUUCUCUCGGAACCUGAAACUGUAACAUCCGGUGGAAGUAAACAGAGCAGCUAGCCCGGUUAGCCUCCUGCUAGCAGCUGUCGCUGUGUCCAGGAGUUUUCUGGUUCUGUUCAGCAACAAUGUGUUCCGUUGAGCCUCUGAGAGAGUUUAUCAGAGAGAGACUAACUGCUGCUGCUGAAGAAAUCUUCACCCAGCUGGAAAAAACCAUCGUCCAGUACGAGGAGGAGAUCGACCGGCAGCGGAGACUGCUGGACCUCACCUGGAGACCCCGAACCGAGCCGAACCCCGCAGGUUUUCCACCUGGUCGUUUCUGUGAGGAGGACGUCCGUAACGACCAGCGGCUCCUUCACCAGGAGGAAGUCGGAACUCCCCAGCAAGAGCUACAGCUCCCCGAGAUUAAAAGGAAGAAGAAGAAGAAGAAACCACUGCAGCCUCCAGAGGUCAAAGAGGAACAUGAAGAACUGUGUGUCAGUCAAGAAGCUGAGCAGCUCGUCCUGAAGCAGGAGACGGAAACACUGAUGGUGACAGUCGAGUAUGAUGAACCCGAACCGAGCAACGACCCACUCCUGCCUCAGAGAUCUCCCAAAGCCGAGACUCUGGAGUCGGGGACGAGCAGGUCUGAGGAGCUGGAAGCAAACUGUCUGUCUGAACCAAACACAAGUAGAACACCUGUCAAAUGUGACUUCUGUGAGAAAGAGUUCAGGUUUCAGUAUGCCAUGAGGAGACAUCGCAAAAUCCACACCGGAGAGAAGCCGUUCUCCUGCAAGACCUGUGGGAAGAGUUUCAUCAGAAAGUUUGCUCUGCUGACUCACAUAAGGGUCCACACUGGGGAGAAGCCAUACUCCUGCUCCGUCUGCGGGAAAUGUUUCCGCUGCAGCAGCGACCUGUCAAAGCACACCAGCAUCCACUCCAGUGAGAAACCGUACUCCUGUGAGACCUGCCGGAAGAGCUUCACCACCAAGCGCAGUCUGAUCCUCCACAGCAGGUGUCACUCAGAGGAGAAACCUUACUUCUGUCCCAUUUGUCACAAAGGCUUCAGGAGGAGCGACAACCUUUCAGUUCACAUGAGAACCCACAUGGAUGAGAAACUGUUCACAUGUGAGUUCUGUGGUAAAAGUUUCAACCAGAACGUCCAUCUGGUGAUCCACAGGAGGACCCAUACGGGGGAGAGCCCAUUCCCAUGCAGCAUGUGUGAGAAACGUUUUAAGAACCGCUCUGCGCUGAACAGUCAUCUCCGGCUGCACGCUGCAGACCCGCUGUAGGGAACCAGAACAGAACCAGAACCAGGAGCUCUGCUGACACACCCAGUUUUCAGAUUGUUUUAUUUCUUCUGGUUCCUUUGAGGCGUUUCCAUGGUGAUCAAAAGUUAACUUUUGCAUGAACGGAGCUUUAGGCUAGUCUAGAGGUUGAAGUGGAAAAUUACAAUAAGGUCACAUCUGCUAGUUGUAUUGCUAUAUGUUUAUUCUAGCUUCCUGUAUAGACCCACUAAAAUAGAACUAUUUGGGUUCCAUGUAGAAGGUUGGGAGUCGUUUUCCACAGCUGCAUCAGAACCAGACUGUCUCGCCUCUUGUUUUAGAACCUUUAGAACUCAUGUGUUGUCUUUUCAUCCAGACCUGCUUCAUUAUUGAGUAUUGAUUAUUGAAGCUUUCUGAGUUGUGCACAAUUCAUAAAUAAACCUGAUUGAGUGAUUUUUACCUGA